AACGGAAGCCGACAACAACCACCUUCAACGGCGGCGACUCCACCCCACGCGCAAAGGAGACCGGAGCCGAAUCCGCCCACCAAAUACCACCCGCCUCCGCCCCCUCCAUCCGCCGCCGGCGAGAUGAUGAUGCUCGUCAACUGCUCCGGCUGCCGCACGGCGCUGCAGCUGCCCCACGGGGCGCCCUGCAUCCGCUGCUCCAUCUGCGGCGCCGUCACCAACGUUGCCGCGCCACCCGCGCCCGGCCCCGUCGUCGACCCCGCCCGGGGCGCGCAGGCGCCGGCGCCGGCGUGGGGCCCGCCUCCCCCGGCCGCGCACGGCCGGAAGCGCGCCGUGAUCUGCGGGAUCUCGUACCGCUUCUCCCGCCACGAGCUCAAGGGCUGCAUCAACGACGCCAAGUGCAUGCGCCACCUCCUCACCACCCGCUUCAGGUUCCCCGACGACUCCAUCAUCAUGCUCACCGAAGAACAAACUGACCCUUACAAAAUCCCAACAAAGCAUAACAUAAGGAUGGCUAUGUAUUGGCUUUUACAAGGUUGUCAACCUGGAGACUCAUUGGUGUUUCAUUAUUCUGGCCAUGGGGCACAACAAAGAAGCUACAGUGGAGAUGAAGUUGAUGGGAUGGAUGAAACCCUAUGCCCGUUGGAUUUUGAGACACAGGGAAUGAUUGUGGAUGAUGAGAUAAAUGCUGCGCUUGUUAGACCACUUCCCCAUGGAGCUAAGCUUCAUGCACUCAUAGAUGCUUGCCACAGUGGAACUGCACUUGAUUUGCCAUUUCUCUGCAGAAUGAGCAGGACUGGGCAAUACGUAUGGGAAGAUCACAGACCACGAUCUGGUGUCUGGAAAGGAACUAGUGGCGGGGAAGCUAUUUCAUUUAGCGGCUGUGAUGAUAAUCAGACAUCAGCAGAUACUUCAGCCUUGUCAAAGAUCACUUCGACUGGGGCAAUGACAUUUUGCUUCAUUCAAGCUAUUGAACAAGGCCAGGCCACAACAUAUGGGAGUAUCCUGAACUCCAUGCGUUCGACAAUACGGAACACGGGAAGUGGUGCCUCAAUGGCUGGAGGCGGUGCGGUUACAUCACUCAUUUCAAUGCUUCUCACAGGGGGAAGCGCUAGUACUGGUGGAUUGAGACAGGAGCCACAGCUAACUGCAUGUGAUACAUUUGAUGUGUAUGCGAAACCAUUUUCGCUAUGAUACAUUUGUGGUAUUCUCCACUGUGUUCUGUGAUUCUAUCAUGAGUCGAGGUUUAAACUAUCAUGUACAGUUAACAGUUGAAAUGGCUCCUCCAUAUGUAGAGCUAACUUUGUAUCAUGUGAUGCUCAUAUUCGAAUUAAAGUGUUUGCCCCCUUUGAA